AUGACCGACCGCCCUGCCUCACAGGGCUCACGACCACCCUCACAGCCAAACCAACAACAACAUCAACCGACCAGCCCCAACACCCAACGAGCACAGCCACCCAAACACGUCUCCUUCCGCCACGACCCCCGAGUCUCAAUAGCCACCCAGGCCCUCCAGCACAACCUCAGCGAUGGCCAAACAACAAGUGGUGACCGCAAAAGUCGGUUACGGAGAGUGUCCGAGGGCAAAGGCAGUAUCAACGAGUCUUCACCGCUUCUUGGCGGAGGAGGGGCGGAGGAGGUGGAGAGUAGACCUUCCACUUCUGCUGGCCCCUUCAGCCCGGGCUUCAGCGAGUACUCCGGUGUAGAAGACCAUACGCAGGAGACGAAGAGCUCGUGGUAUCUGCUUCUACUCACAUCUGCGCUUGGCGGCCUACAAAUAGCCUGGUCCGUCGAACUCUCCAACGGCUCGCCCUACCUCCUCAGCCUGGGCAUCUCCAAAUCCCUCCUCGCAUUCGUCUGGAUCGCCGGUCCGCUGUCCGGUACUCUCGUUCAGCCAUACGUAGGCAUCAAGUCGGAUCGCUGCCGAUGGAGUUUCGGCAAACGUCGCCCGUUCAUGAUCGGUGGAGCGGCGGCCACAAUCCUCUCCCUCAUGGCUUUGGCAUGGACACGCGAAUUAAUAGGCGUCAUCGGCCAUAAUGUGUUUGGGCAGCCCUGGGACUCGAAGGCUAUCGCCACCGGAUCUAUCGUCUUCGCUGUGCUCAUGAUAUACAUCUUGGAUUUCUCUAUCAAUGUCAUCCAAGCUGGUGUUCGAGCUUUCAUCGUGGAUAAUGCGCCUACGCAUCAGCAAGAUAGCGCCAAUGCAUGGGCUUCGCGGAUGAGUGGCGUGGGAAAUAUUGUGGGCUACCUCUUUGGCUAUGUCGACCUGCCAAAGUACCUGUGGUUCUUCGGCGAUUCACAAUUCAAGGUCCUUUGCGUGAUUGCCUCACUUGCUAUGGCUAGCACACUGGCGGUAUCCUGCAUCAGCAUCAAAGAGCGCGACCCGAGCAGAGACGGCGACCCAGGCGCCGAAGCAGAUGGAGUCAUUUCGUUCUUCCGUGGCCUCUUCCAAUCCAUCAAGAAACUACCCACUCAGAUCAGCCGCGUCUGCCAAGUCCAAUUCUUCGCUUGGAUCGGCUGGUUCCCGUUCCUCUUCUACAUCACAACCUACAUCGGCGAAAUCUACGCCAAUCACUACCUAGAGGAACAUCCAAACCUCUCCCCAGACGAGGAACUCCAACUAUGGGAACGCGCCACCCGACAAGGAACCUUCGCCCUCCUCAUCUUCGCCUUCACCACUUUCUCCGCCUCCAUCAUCCUCCCGUUCAUCAUAGUCAGCUCCUUCCAACCUCCGUCACCGGAUCCUACCACGCCAUUCACUCCCGGACCUAGUACGCCCGCGACGCCCGGUGGAGGCUACUUCAUGCUGCCUAAGGGGCGCUUCGCCGCCACGCCCAUGACACCGCAUACACCCGGUGGACCACCCACAGCAGGCGGAGGCUUCUUCGCACGCCAACGGUCUAGAAAGCCCAAGGUCGAGCGGGACGACGCGAGCGAGAGCCAGAAAAGCAAAACGACAGGCUGGCGGAAGUACAUCCCCACCAGCACGGAAAUCCCAUGGCUCACGCUCCGCCGCGCCUGGAUGCUAAGUCACAUCAUCUUCGCCCUCUUAAUGUGGAUGACGUUCUCAGUCAAAGACACCCGCGGCGCCACCAUCCUCGUCGCACUCAUCGGGAUUCCCUGGGCCAUGACGAACUGGGCCCCCUACGCCCUCAUCGCGGCCGAGAUCAGCAAACGCGACGCCAUCCGUCGCGGCGAUAUCCCGGCCCCUCCGACCGCCGAAGGGGAAAUGUUGGCUUCCGGGGAUGAUCCGAGCGAUGGGGCUGACCAAGCCGGGGUGGUAUUGGGGAUCCAUAAUGUUGCUAUUGCGGCGCCGCAGGUUAUUGCUACGUUGGGGAGUAGUGUUAUUUUUAAGCUGUUGCAGAAGCCGAGGGGGGAGGGGCAGGAUGAUAGUGUGGCGUGGGUUUUGAGGUUCGGAGGGUUGGCGGCGUUGGUGGCGGCUUAUCUUACGAGGAGGGUUGGGGAGGAGCCUGCCGAGCAGGAAUAA